AUGUCUGCCCCUUCACUCACCAGCUACAUUGUCAAGCGCCCGUGGCUCAAGCGCUGGAUGACCCCGCUGGCCCAGUGGUACACCGACGCCGCCGGCUACAGGAGACUCGGACUCAAGUUCGAUGACCUGAUCCCCGAAGAGAGCGAGAAUGUCCAGAAGGCCAUCAAGCGCCUUCCCGCCAAGGAGGCCUAUGACCGUGUCUUCCGUAUCCGCCGGGCAUUCCAGUGCUCUAUCUCGCACACUCUCCUCCCUGCCAACGAGCAGACCAAGCCCUCCGAGGACGUCGAGUACCUCAGCCCGAUCAUCCGCGAAAUCGAGAAAGAGGCCAAGGAGCGCGUGGACCUCGACAACCUUGUUGUCCGCAAGUAA